AUGGCCAUUAACGCAUUCUCAGAUGUGGUAUCGAUCUCUGAUUCAAAUUAUAUAAGGAUUGAACUCUUUAAAAGAGAAUCGAUUUCACCCGAAAAACAACGAGCAUUAAUGACCAUGAAAUAUGCUAGAUUAUUUGGACGUGAUACAGUCAUACCUUUAGUUAAUGAACAAAACAAGGAUUUUAGUUAUUAUAGUCCAAUAACAAUUGGUGGUCAAAAUUUUACUGUUGACCUUGAUACUGGAUCAUCAGAUCUUUGGGUUCCGGGUAUUCAAUGUAGUUCAACGCAAUGUGGAACUCAUAAUCGAUUUGAUCCUGCAAAAUCAUCAACAUUUGUUCCAUUGCAAAGUAAUUUUUCCAUUUCUUACGGUACUGGUACCGCUAUCAAUGGUACUAUAGGUCAAGAUACUGUCAUUUUCGGUGGAAUUUCAAUUACUAAUCUAACCUUUGGAAUAGCAUUAAUUGAUGGAUUUAAUAGUUUAUAUGAAGAAGAUGGUAUUCUUGGUCUUGCUCGUCGAAAUGGUCAACUUUCAAAUCCUGGAAUUAUUCAAAGAAUUAAAGAUCAAAAAUUGCUUAAUCAGACCAUAAUUGGAUUUCAUUUGGGAAGAUAUAAAUUAAACAAUACCGAUCAGAGCUUCGUAAAUCUUGGAGGCACAGAUGCAAAUGCUUAUAUUGGAAAUAUUGUAUAUAACAAUCUUGCUAAUCAGACACAAUUGCCGGGGUCUUGGAUAAUAUCAUUGAGUAAUAUUCAGGUUGACGGUGUUUCAAUUGGAAUUAAUUCACCUGCUUUGAUAGAUACUGGUACCCCAAAUAUCAUUGGUGACACUACUCAAGUCACAAAGAUCUAUGCAAUGAUUCCUGGUAGUUCCUCUAAUAACGGUGUAUGGUCGAUUCCUUGCAACACCACAAAAAUUAUAUCUUUAGUGUUUAAUAACAUAUCGUAUAAUAUUAGCCCUACUGAAUUAAUUAAAUCAUCAAAUCAGAGCGGUUCAUUGUGCGAAUCGGAGAUCCAAGAAGGUGGGUAUGGCGUGUGGGUGAUUGGUGCUGCCUUUUUAUCGAAUGUUUAUACUGUAUUUGAUUAUGAUAAUUUAAGAAUUGGAUUUGCUGAAUCAAAAGUUUUAUAA